AUGUCUGCGGCGAUCGCCGGCUCCGUCUUUGAGCUUCUGAAAAGACAAUCCGAGGAAGAAGAUCCCGACGCACCCGAUUCAUCACAGAAGGAAAUAUUCUCAUCAUGGGCUCUCUUCAUCUUGAUUAUGCUACUCAUUGUAGCCCUCUUCACAAGUUACUUGCUUCAAAUCAAGAAAGUUGAAGCUGUUCACGAAACUUCCAUUUCGAUCUUUGCUGGUAUGACCAUUGGCUUAAUACUUCGAGUCAGCGCUGGAAAUUCUAUACAAAGUCUUGUGAGCUUCGAUGAACAGAUAUUCUUCAAUCUUCUCCUGCCACCGAUUAUCCUGGCUUCCGGAUACGAAUUACACCAAGCGAAUUUCUUUCGCAACAUUGGUACUAUUCUUACAUUUGCGUUCGCCGGGACUUUUAUAUCGGCAAUUGUGCUAGGAUUGGUAUUAUGGUUGUACACGAGAAUUCCCCUUGAUGGGGUCAGUAUGACAUUCGUUGAUGCUAUAUCUGUUGGAGCAACACUUUCUGCCACCGAUCCUGUUACAAUUCUAGCGAUUUUCAACACCUAUAAAGUCGACCCGAAACUUUAUACAGUAAUUUUCGGAGAAUCGAUCUUGAACGAUGCUAUCGCAAUUGUCUUGUUUGAGACAGCGCAAAGAUACAAAGAAGGUGGUAACGCAGGAACUUUGGGUCUCCUCAGUUUGUUCGAAGGUAUCGGCAUUUUCUUGGCAGUGUUCUUCGGAAGCUUGAUUAUUGGAAUCAUCAUAGGAAUUGCUACAGCCUUGGGAUUGAAGUACACAUACGUUAGAAGAUUUCCAAAGAUUGAAAGCUGUCUGAUUGUGUUGAUUGCCUAUGCCAGCUACUUCUUCUCUAAUGGUCUUCAUAUGUCUGGAAUCGUCACACUUUUAUUUUGUGGAAUCACCCUAAAGCAUUAUGCAUAUUAUAACAUGUCUCGCCGCACGCAACUUACUACUAAAUACUUAUUCCAAGUACUGGCGCAAUUAUCGGAGAAUUUUAUCUUCAUCUACCUCGGAUUAUCUUUGUUCACUGAGAAGGACUUACAAUUUAAACCGCUCUUCAUUAUAGUUACCGUCAUUGGCAUUUGCGUAGCCCGAUAUGCCGCCGUGUUUCCUCUCUCGAGACUCAUCAAUUGGUUCCUCAGAUACCGUGCAAAGAAAAGAGGGCAGGAAGUCGCAGAUGAACUACCCUACAAUUAUCAAGCAAUGCUGUUUUGGGCUGGAUUGCGCGGGGCUGUAGGUGUCGCCUUGGCAGCCGGAAUGACUGGCGAGAAUUCAUGGGCAUUAAAGGCAACUGUACUUGUGGUUGUAGUGCUUACUGUCAUUAUUUUCGGUGGUACAACAGCACGCAUGUUAGAAAUUCUCGGCAUUCGUACUGGAGUGGUCGAGGAAAUCGAUAGUGAUGACGAAUUCGAUAUUGAAGCUAUUUCAGGCGGAAAUUAUUACAAACAUUCCGGAUCAGGAAUUGGAAACGAUCCACGACGAAGCAAUGGAGCAAUGCAGCUUGAUGGUCUUGCUAGGCCAGGACAUCGUAGAGAAGCAGAGCGUGGAAGCUAUGCAAGCGGCAAUGCUAGUCCAAAUGCUAGAUCAGCAAGUAUGAAUCGGAAGGGUUCCAAUGCAAAUGGGAGAAAGGAGAACGAGAGUGAACAGGAUCUUCUUGGUAGGACCGGUAGCACAAGCGAUGAAGGCUUUGAUAGCGAUUCAUCUGAUCUUCCACCACCGGCCAAUCGACCACCGAAGAGAAGGCCAUCGCCACCUCAGGAUAGCGGUGAUAUGGGAUCACCUUACCCAACUUCAGGCAGUACAAGUCGUCCUGAAGCACCACAUAUUACUGCAUCAGGCGCAAUCAGUCAAUUGCUGCAUGGAACGGCCGAGGAUCAUGCAGCAUGGUUCAAACAGUUAGACGAAGGAUUUAUCAAACCAAAGUUACUUCUUGAUGGUGGUAAAGGUCCUCAUGGUGGGCCAAGCGGAGGCUAA